GCUGCACAGCACAGCAUAACAGCAUUCAGUGCGUGAAAACCUCACAUACGAAGAUAUAGAAAGUCCACACAUCGAAAAACAUCGUUGGUUUUGUAUUUCUCGCUUCCGCUGGUCCGGAAAAAUAAAAUAAAGACUGGGGAUAAUCGGAUAGUAGUUAGAUUUGACGGUUUAUGGCAUUUUCGAGGGUGAGUUUCGAGUAGAAAUGACUUCACGGAUGCGCUAUUUAGACUAUUUAUUAUUCCUGUGAUUAUAUUGUAUUGUGGUUCGGUAUUAGAGUAAAAGAAAACGGUGUGAUUGGAUUCGUAUUAAUUUUGAGGACGUUUCAACAACGCCUGGAAGAAAAUAGCACCGGUGAAUACCCAGUCCCUGCCCUUCAUUAAUUGAUUAAAUGGAUGUGACAAGGAUAAACCAAUAUUUACAUCGGCCGAAGAAUCAACAGCAAUUUUAACGGCCAUAAUUUGCAUAGAAUUCGUGAAAUAAUGACGAACUGAUACUUAAAAAGUUGUUAAACAAGAAAAGAAAAAUUCGGUAGAAAUCUUAGUGUGUACGUGUUUUAAGGAAUAGUGAUCAAAAACAUGUUAUAAACGUGAAGAAACUUAGAAAGGUAGUGAUAGUGCUAUAAACAGGCUCGAACCUUCCAGUGAAUGAUAUUGUAGGUUAGAUGAUCGUUGCAGAGCAUCAUGGGGUGUGAGCUAGGCAAAUUGGCGGGCAGAAAUGGACGGAAUAGUGGGAGGAAGUUCGAGGAUAAUCCACCUCCGCAGCAGGUGGAUCCCAGGCUGCCCCUGACGGCGAAGCAGAAGUACAGCAUGAUGGCUUCUUGGAAAGGAAUCAGCAGAGCGAUGGAGAGUACUGGAGUGUGUAUGUUUCUAAAAUUAUUCGAAGAGCAUAGUGAACUGCUUGAUCUGUUUGAGAAAUUCCGAUCUCUGAAGUCUAAGGAGGACCAAGCAACGAGUCUAGAGUUGGCUGAGCACGCUACCACGGUGAUGAGCACAUUAGAUGAGGGCAUCAAGGGCCUGGACGAUCUAGAUACCUUUUUCGAGUAUUUGCACCAAGUUGGAGCGAGCCAUAGAAAGAUACCUGGGUUCAAGGCAGAGUACUUUUGGAAAAUAGAGAAACCGUUUUUAGACGCCGUGGAAACAACGUUAGGUGAUAGAUACACGUCGAACGUGGAGAACAUCUACCAGAUAACCAUCAAGUUCAUCAUAGAAACUUUGGUGAAGGGUUUCGACAACGCCAACGCCACCACUUGAGAAACGGACCAAAUAGACUGAAAGCAAUUACAAUUACAAUUAAUAUACAGGGUAAUUCGUCCUAAGUGGUUAAAAAGGCAAAAAAGGAGAUACUCAGUAGGUCCAAAAAUGAUUCAAUUAAUGAAAAUAUCGUAUAAAAUAAUGUGAUCGUGCUUUGAAGUAAGAUUGUAUAUCAAGUUUAUUCUUAAAAUAAUGUCUGUACCUUUGUGGUGAUUUCAUUUCUGGAAACAAAACACUUGGUAUUUUGCCAGUGAAACAGAAUCUAAUGAAAUUUGAAGCCUAUUUUUUUUGUAAAAUACCACAGAGUUGUAAUUCACAUGGAACUUAUUUUUUAAAUUUCUUAUUCAGUGGCGAAAUACCCACAGUAAUUUUCCAGAAGUUUAUUAUUGUUAAUAAUCGUGUAAUGAUAGGUGUAAAGUUAUAUACAUUUAUGUGAGAGUGUUAAACUAUUAGAAAGAUAUUUGAUCAAAAAUAUUCAUUCCUACAGUAUAUUAUUAUUAUACACGUAAAGUCUACUUUUUAUGGAUUUUAUGGAAAAGACAAUUUUAUAUGUAACUUUUCAACAAAACAAAUCGACAGUCAGAUAUACAGGGUGAGUCUUAAAUAAGUGCAAAAUUUUUUAGA